GUCUGUUACGUUGUGUAGGGUAGUUACUGCUCAAGGUUUGAACAAAUACCACCCCUUCUGCACGUUCUGGUGUAGUGUUGAGUACAAGAUAUUCGAGUCCAAUAGUCCUCGACUGCAAUCCAUUGCUGAACGAGGAUGGGCGGCCGAGCGGUGAUGGCACUAGCGCUGUUACUGAGUGCUAUUUUGGUCAGCACUGCGUCUGCUGACUCGGCACUAAAUCAAACGUCAGCAGAUGCCGUUGUCAACACAUCACUUCCUCUCCCUGACCUCGUAGUUGAAAAACCUUCUGACGUCGUUGACAAAACUGAAAAUCAUACCCGAUUUUCAACAACGGCCCAUCAGGAACCAAAUCAUGAAUUAAGGAACACUUCCUCGAGUAAUAAAACAGCAAACCUCACUAAUGUCGAAAUACCUUCAUCGAACGAGACGAAAAUCGUCGAAUCGCGUACCGAUGCAUCGUCUGCGAAAGAAAAAUUUUUCUUCGGUUCAUUCCGCACUCAAACUCACAUCAUCGUGACUUACUCAACAUCUACUGUGCCCCUGUACUGCCUUCUCGGCACAGCAACUUCCGCCUGUACCGUAGGUCGACGCAGGAGGAAGAGGCAAUCGGUACCGAUAUCACUUCUCGCCAACGAAAUGCAAGAUAGAGUGGAGAGUUCGUUGUCUGGUUUCGACUCCAAGGGACAAAUGCGCGAGGUGGUCGAUGGCGGGAAGAAAUUCUUCACAGUCUGGACCAAGUUCCUGACCACGACCACCCUCACCACCACCGCCACCAACACAGCAUCAACCAUCAGCUUGUCUUACUACUGUACUGCGGGAUCCAUUUCUCUUCCGGCGAACUGUGGUUAGAGCAGACAGCAUCAUCGCCAGGACACGAAUAUGGAUUCAAACAACGACAUUAACUCAACUUGCAAAUACGCAUUUUUCCUCCAAAUAUGGUAUAAUCAAAUCAAUAGCGGUGUUACAACCGUCCAACACAGUGACGCUUUCUUCACGAACGCUCUCAAAAUGCAUCCCUCACCUCAAAACCAGUUUCAUCACACAGAGACGACAUUGAAGGAAAGUUGACACAGUGUUCUAUAUUUAUUGCUUGCUGUAACGAGAGAUAUGCUAUGUAACAUCAAAACUAGAUAAUAAAUCAUCUACCUUA